CACAUAACAGACAGUGAAACCUUGGUUACCUUCGAAAGGACGUUCUUCGGUGUCAAAAAGGGGAACCCCAACGCAGGAUUUGCGCCGGCCGUGACACUGGAGAUCUAUUCCCUUAUCUCUCAACUGUAUCGAUCCUCUUCACAACUCACUUGCGACGACUGUAUUGAAUGUGUGCGUUUGCUACCGCCUCCGACAGAAAAACAUUGUAGUAGGAGGUAACUGCCCGAAGUAGUUCUUCGUCGAUGUCAAGAAGCGACGUUAGGGAGGCCCUUCACCAAUUCGGCAUUUCAUUGGCUAGUCCGCUUCAGACAGUGCCUCCGAUUAAGUUGCCUGCCGGACACGUCAGGAGGGAAGUCCUUUUUUCUGGCAUGCCUUCUUCGAGCGAGAUGGCCACCACCACAGGAUCAGCAGGGCAUGAGCAGACAGCAGUGGAGAACGCCGCAGGGGGAGGAGAUAACACCUUAAGUGAGUCGACGAGAAACGAAUGCAUGGCCACAUCCCAGUCGGAUAUCAGGAACACAUGGUCUGGGGCACUUUUCAUGUGGCCCAAACGCAGGAGCUUUAUGGGAGUACCAGGUAGCAGAGCGAUGUCGGGUGGUUCAACGGAAAAAGGUGCGGAUUUUUUCGUCGACACAGAGGCCGAUGACUGGGCGAUGACCGCAGAUAGGACAGAUGCCGAGGAUGACGUUACGGAAACAAAGACUGUCAUUCUUGCCAGUGGAGCAGGGGGCGAGGCGAAGGCCCCAACCAUCACAUGCAUUCGUUGUGGUCUGAAAGGAGGUGAAGGAGGAGAAAGGCAACUGCAGAACUGGGACAUGUCAAGCGCGCCCGAAGGAGCGCCUCAGCCCACCAGCGGGAUCGGAAAUGAUCAAAAAUCUAGUCUGGUUGACGUGCGACGAUCGACAACGUCAUUCUGCGUGCCCUGCACGCAGACCUCUGAUCGCGAGCCAGAAGACAACGACAACGACUGCGAAUCGGCACUGGCGUCGGACAGUCUGUCAGUUCGGCAAGUAGAGGGAAAGAAGUCGGGGUUUCUGUGGACGGGUGCAGUCAUCUUAAAGUCAUCCAUCGGUGGCGGGUUUCUCUUCCUCCCCCACGUCUUCAUGCGAGGGGGGCUCGUUCUCUCCUUUAUCAUGUUUUCCCUCGUCUUCGCAGCGGCACUAUACUGUAUGGUCUUGCUGAUUCACUGCUGUAAGCCCGGAGUCAGAGAUACAUAUGAAGGACUUGCUGAGAGGACACACGGUAAAUGGGCACGACGUAUGGUUGAGUUUUGCAUCAUCGUAUCGCAUUUGGCUUUUUCAACGGUCAACAUCGUAUUAGUUGCAGGGAAUAUGCGAGACGUCAUUUGGGCAGCAACCGACUGCGACCCGAACUUUGAAAUCCCCACGCGGGUGCUGCUAUGGGCCGGGGCGGUGGUGUAUAUGCCACUUUGUCUCCUCAGGCAUAUGAAAUACCUUGCCCCUGUAGCUUUUGUCGCCAGUGUUGGAACAUGCGUAGGAAUUGUCAUGCUUCUUGCCUCCCUGGGAUUGGAACUAGCCACGCGGAAGGAACCUUCCCAGAUCACUUUGUUCAACUGGCAGCAUUUCCCUCUCGUGCUGGGAACCGUCAUAUACAUGUGGGAAGGCACGGGCCUAGUGCUACCGAUUCGGGAGAACGCUACGCAAAAGGUGCAGGCGAAUUUUCCUCGGGUUUUGUCAAUAUGUCUUGGAGCGCUUUUCACGACCUAUACAAGCUUUGUAUUGUGCGCGAAUUUCACUUUUGGCAAUCACGUCGAACCUGUGGUUCUCUCGAAUCUACCUGCUAACAUCCUCGGACUCGGCGUUCAGGCGGUCUUUGCUUUUGCAAUCGCGACAUCGGUGCCCUUGAUGAUAUUCCCUGCAUCGGCGAUCGUUGAGCAUUGGUUCCUCUCUCGGUUUAAGUUUCGUUCGUCGACAUCGACAGUGGCAAUCUACAGCAUUGUGCGGAUAUGCUUGGUUAUCAUUAUUCUGGCGGCUGCGACAGUCGGGUUGCAGCAGAUCGACAACUUCGUUGCGCUUAUUGGCGGCGCUUGUGGCGCUCCGCUCACCUUCGUUUUUCCUACUCUUAUCCAUAUCAAACUUCAUCCUGAUGAAGCGAAGCGCUGGAAACUCUUUCACUACUUCAUCAUCUGCUCGGGAGUUGGGGUCCAAGUUUUCUCCAUUUACUGGACAGUAGCUUCCUGGCGUGGAAUCAACGAGUUUGCCGCCAGGUGCAGCGGUUGAGGAAGCGAGAAGAAUAACUACAUUCCGAAACAACGCAGUGGAAAAUCUCCUGUAAAAAAGCGACUGCACAUACCCCGUUGUCGGCGACCACCUAUAUGCCUCCAACUGAUCACGUGUCCAAAGUAGAUUAGUGAGGAGCCCUGCAUUGCCAAAUGGAAGCACGUGCCGCUGAAGAAUGACAAGGAAGCGAAGAGUCCGAGAAAAGAGGGAACAGCGAAGCGAAGGAAUACCAGACGAUGAGCCAGGUGACCACCUGAGAGAGCCCUGAAUCGGUCAGCCUUACGAACAAGGCACGGACGAGGGGGCACGCGCGGCGGACGAAACACGGAAGAGGACAUUUUGUAGAGAAAAUAUGGUGGUGCCCUUCGGCGAGAUAGAGUGCCUCUCUAGCACAAAAGGGGACCGUCCACAGCGUUUGUCACGUUCAGUCCCAUCAGGCGUCACCGAUGCGGAAGGAGACAAGCUUGAACUCUUUUUUCAAAAAGACAAAACACCGGGACCCACGAUGACCGCUAGGGCUCACCUAUCGAAUUGGCGAGGGAGACGUCCCGCACGAAGCCUCAGUUUUGUUUGGUAUUUUUACAUGCGAACACCAGGAGCAGUUCAGGGUACCACCUGUCGUGUGAGCGAACGAGUAAUGCACGCAGAAGUGCACUGAGUGUCGGCAAGUGCCGACUCAAGUUUGCCAGAUCUAAAGUGAUACACAUUCAUGCUAAAACGUGUCGUUCUGUGGUUGUCCGGCUGACCGCCGUUCUGCAAAUGCUGAUGGACGUCUGCAAGUGGCGUCAUACGCGCACAAGGGAAAACAGUUUCACUCGAGUGAUGGCAGUGUCGCCUUUUAGGGGGGGAACGCGGGGCGGAAUAUCGCAACCGACAGUUUUCGACUCCAAGCAAAAGCGGUCAUGGCACGAUGAAACAUAUUUCACUUUCAACGGUAACGGCCAGAAAUACGUGUCUACCAGGAACACCCUGUGGCACUUUUCGCAAGCCGCCUUCUAGUGCGGGAAAGAGGUUCCAC